UAACAUCUUCGAUGCUCCCAUUUCAGCGAAAGAAGUCCGGUUUUCGUUGCGCAGAUCUCAUCUGUGGAGCUUUUCGCUGCCCUCUUUCUAUUCGAUUGGAAAGGCGGCCAAACAAAACACGUUUUAUGAGGCGGUCACCUGUCUGCUUUUAAUAAAGCUCACGGUGCCGUGUUCCAUUGCAAAGAGACGCCUUAAAAGUUCUCAGCCUUGCGCCAUCAUCCCUGUGCCCGCUCUACUUUCUCCCUCCCUCCCAUUCAAUGGGCUCCAUACAAUCAGUUGUCAGCACUGUGACUCCAGCUCUUGCAGCUGCUUCAAGCGCUGUUUCAAACCUUCUCAAUGCCAUACGAUCCAUUCUACCCGGCAGAAACCCGACGAUCUUUAACAUCGAGGAAUCUAACAGGCUCCAUCGUGAAAGGGAGCAGAGAGAGCGCGCCGCACACGCUGCAAGGGAGGAAGCGGACCGGCUUAGGCGAGAAGCAGAGGCAGAGGCUCGGAGAGCGGAGGAAGCGAAGUUGGAUAGGGAGCGUAAGAGACGGGAGGCGGAAGAAGCGCGAGAAGAGAGGCGGAUAAAGACGGCGGAGGCUGGAGAUGUCGUUUCUGCCACUGAGGAUAUGGCAGGAGACGCUCUAGGAGAGAUGGAGGACAAGAAGAAUGAAGCCGAAGGGCCGUCGGAUAUCGCCGAGGGUGUGGUCGAAGAAGCGCCAGGCCUGCCGCAGCCCGCCCCAUACCAAAACCAAGAUAGCCGCGUGGAAGUAGCAAGGCAAGCGGCUGAGGCUGCAUUGCAGACAGCUGAGGAAGAGACUCGACAGGCGAAUGCCGCUAAAGAGGAAGCGGAGGAGCUGCUUCGGAAGGGCAUCCAACCCAUCGUUAUGCCUACUGUAGCCGAGCUCCAGGAAGCCAAGCGCAAGGUCGAGUACAGAGAGGGGAUGUACCACUUUGCCGUCGCUGGUAACGCAGGGAGCGGCAAGUCGUCGCUCGUCAAUGCCCUGUGCGGGCUGCGAAACCGUGCUAAAGGCGCAGCGAAGACGGGAAUCACGGAGACAACGCUGCGCAUGUUUCGCUUUCUGGAUCCGAACCCACAGAACCGUUUUGUCUGGUACGAUGUUCCUGGUGCAGGAACGCUUCAGGUUCCCGACUGGCAGUACUUCAACAACCAAGCCUUAUACGUGUUCGAUGCGCUCAUCGUCCUCUUUGACAAUCGGUUUACGGAGACGGAUAUUGCCAUCCUGAGCCAUGCCCGUCUUUUUAAAAUUCCGUGCUACAUCGUACGCUCGAAAGCAGACGUGCAUAUUGGAAAUUUGGUCAAGGAGAUGGAGGAGAUGGAAGACGAAGACGUAAAAGAAGACGAAGACGACUGGGAAGGGAUCGACGACCCGGAAGGGAGGAAGCGCAAGGCCAAGAAUGAUUUCGUACGGGGGACGAGGAAGAACGUGCGCGAAAACUUGGAAACGGCGGGCUUGCCCGAUCAGAGGGUAUACAUCGUCUCCAAUGCGACUUUGCGCACGUACGUCGUAACCCAAGGGGGAGAUUCGACGGCCUUGAACAAGGCUUGGGAGGAUGUCAUUGACGAGGUCGACUUUGUACACGAUGUUUUGGGAGACGCAUGGAAGCGUAGGGGAAAGGUUAGCGAGGAGAGUGAGAAAGGAACUCCCAUGACCAUCGCUAGCAGCUGGGGUGCAGCGCUAGCUAUGUAA